AUGAUUCCAAAUAAUAAUACUAAAUAAUCUUUUUAAGACUUGACUAAAAAGAUCAUAUUGACUACUAAUAUUCUUGUUAAUAAAAUAGAAAUUAAAGCUCAUGAAUAUUAGACUUUUUGGGAAUUACUUAAUGAAGGCUAAGACAAUGCUUCUAUAUAUGUUCUUGAAUUAUUAAAAAUUAUUGAUUAAACUGAAUACAAAAGAAAAAAGGAACCAUAUAGUCUAGAAAGUUUAUUAGCUACAUUAUUAACAAUUAGUAUGUUUAAAAAUGUUGAAAAUGUUAAAAAAUAAAGAGAUUAUAAAGAAGUCAAGUAAAAUUGGGAUCAUCAUAUUGUUAAUGCUCAUAAAAAAUAAUAAUUAAUGAACCCAUAUUCUAUAUCAAUAGUUUGUAAUUUACAUUUCAUUUUUGAAUCUUAAUAAUUAGAAGAUAACAAUUUUACAGGAUUCUUAAUUGGUGCUAUAGCAUUUAUGCCAGAUUUAUUUAAAGUUGCUAAACCUGAAAAUAUAGAACUUAUGUAUGAUUCAUUAAAAUAACAUUAUUAAUUAGUUGAAUAAUAUGGUAAAACAGUGAGAGUUAAAAAUGAUUCAUUUUAUAAUUUAUUAUUGGAUGAGAGAUUUGAUUUAUAAGAAACUGGAGAAUUUAUGUUUUGUUAUGAAUAUUUAAUCAAAUAAAUAAGAACUAAAUAUAAAAAUUCAUAAAGUAGAGUAUUUUAUGAUUCUCUUUUAAAAUACUUUAAAAUGAUACCAUUUAUAGCAUAAGAUUUUCCAGAAUAAGCAGAAAAGUCAGCAUUAUCUUUAUUACAUAUGACAAAAUAAUUAAUUACAUUUUAUGGUUGUGAAAUAGUAGAUCUCUUAAAAUCUUUACUUAAUUAAAUAGAAAUAUUUAGAAGAUGGCCAUUUCCAGUAGGAGUGAUGGCUAAUGAAUUAGUUUAGAUAUUGUAUUAAGAAUAAAAAUCAAGGGGAAAUGCAUUUAGAAUGAAAAUUAGAGAAGAAAUUCCAUAAAUUGAUUUUUUUGAUGAUGAUUAAUCUUAAGAUAUUUAAUUUUAAAGUGUUUAAGAAUAAUAAAUUCCUAUAUCUGGAUUAGCAUAAUAGAAAUAAGAAUAAUAAAUUUUAUCAGUCUAUGUAUUUUAUGAGAAUAGAUAAAAUAAUGCAAAUAAUGUAUUAUAAUAUGCACAAUUCGUUUUAAGAAAUAAGAAUUAAAAUUAUGCCCAAUUAUAUACUCCAAAUAGUUUACGAUGUUAUAUUUGUGCAUAAAUAUUGUAAUUAUAACAAAAGAAAAAUGUAUCAUUUUCAUUAAUUAAUUAAGUAAGGGAAGAGUCCCUAAUUAUCAGCAUUCAAAGAAGUAGAUAUAUUUAAUUUAUAUUGUAAAUUAUUGACCAUUGUUGAGAAAUGUGAUAAUUUGGAUUCUAUUGCAGAUAUUGAAUUGAUAUAUGAAAAUGCAUUUGAUGAGAUAACUAAAGAAUUAAUGAAACAUACUUAAGAACCAAAUAAUGUUUAAAAAGAAGUUUAAGCAGUAAUGAGUAAUCAAGUAAAUUAUUUAAACAUAAUUUAGUUAUCCAUACCAGAUUUUCCUUUGUUUUAUUUUCAUAAUGUUAUUCAAAAAAGUUUUACAUUUACUGCACCUAAGCAAUCCUUUCUUAAAUUUGAAUAGGGAUAAUUUAUGAUUCCAAAUCAAUUAAUCAAAGAUUUUGUUUAAAGAGCUUAUGAUAAUUAUAUGCCUUUACAUACAGAACCAUUAAGAUUGUUAGUUGUAGGAUCAGAUGCAGAAAUAUUUGAAGUCUGUAUGUUAUUAGGUGAAAUAUAUUAAAAGAAUCCUUUAUUAUUAAGAACUUUAGAUAUUAGAGUCUUUAUUGUACCAACUAAAGAUUGUGCAUUGGCUUAAUUUUUAGCUGUAAAGGAUCCUUGGUAUUAAAGAUAUCUUUAUUUACCUUUUAUGGAAGAUAUUCUGAUACCAAAAUUAGAGUCUAUAAAAGAGGAUAAUAAUAAAUAUGUUUAAGAAGUGAAUAAAGUGUAAGGUUAAUUGCCUUUAGAAUAAAAAGCAUGGUGUUUGAAUACAUAUUUAAGAGAAGGGAAUAGAGCAUAUAAUGUGAGAGUUUAUAAAUUAACAAUUUAUUAAAAGAAAUUAAGUUAUGGAGGUAUUGCAAUGGCAGAGUAGAAGUCUGGUUUAAAUCCUAAAAGUAAAUCUGAUGAAGUAUUGAAGAGUACAUUGUAUUUUUGUUCAUAUGUAAUGUUUGGUGCAAUAGCUGAAUUUGAAUUACAAAAGGAAAGAUCAAAAGAUGAAAAGUUAUAGAAAUUAUCAUUUUAUGAUUUUAAAGAAAAAAAUUUAUGCAAAUUUUAAUAUUUAAAUAUCUAAAUGAUUACAGAAUAAACUGAUAUGUUAGGUAAUAUUAUUAAUAGUCCAAAUAAAGAAGAGAAGGUUGAAAAGAUUUAAGUGUAAUUACAUAAUUGCAAAAUUAAUAAUGUUUAUACAGACUUUUUUGAAGGUAAUAUGCCUAUGCCACAUACUGAUUGGUUAGAGUUAUCAUAUAUAACAUAUGAGAAUUCAAAAUUAUUUGAUAGUGGAUUAAGACAAAAAAAUAUAUUUAAAAAGCAUUCUUAAGGUAUAUUAAUAAUUUAGAUUAUUUUAGAAUCUAUUUAAAAUGCAUUUAAAUCUUUAUUUACUAAUAUAUCAAUUACAAAAAUUAAUGUUGAGGAAUAAACAAAGAAACCAUUUUCUAUUAUUGUUGAUGGAAAUAUAUAUACUGAUAUAGUUUCUUUCAAGAUUUGUUCAACUCAUAUGAAAAGAAAAAAGAAAAAUAAUUAAAUGUAAAAAAAAGAAGGUUCAAAAGAUGAGGAUGAUGAUUUGAGUAAGUAAAAACAUUUAAGUUCUAUAAUUCAUUUGAAUCUGCCAGUUAUGAGUUUUUUACCAUUUAAAGUUUGA